GUUUUCCUUUAACUCUUUAUCCUUAACGUCUCUAUUAAUACUCUUCGUGUAUCACAUUGCCCUAUCUUCAAAGUUCAAACAGUUGAACAUCCCUUGAGUGUGCGAGAUUCCUUCUCGUCUCUCUUUUGUCUUCUCUCCUCAUGGGAAUGGGACGAACAACUUCGAAGCUGAGGAAGGCCACAAAGAAACUGGUCCUAGCUGCUUGUCGUUCUCUCUCUCUUCUUCCUCCUCUGAGUUCACGGGGAUCUAAAGCUAUUAUAAAGCCAGAUAAUGUUUUUCUGCCCUAUCACCAUGAGGUCUAUGAAGAAGCCAUAGAUAAAGCAGACUCCACUCAUCCUACUUCUACGCAGACCUUGUGCGCUAUUUGUCUAGAACCUCUGAGUCACUAUGAUGAUGAUCACUCUCCCGGUGAAGCUACAUUCACGGGACAAUGCUCUCACACCUUCCACUUUUCGUGCAUUGCUUCCAAUGUGCGUCAUGGAAGUGUCACUUGUCCUGUUUGCCGCGCCUAUUGGACCCAUCUCCCUCCUCCUUCCUUUCCACACCUCUCUGAACGCCAACUAGACGACCCUGUUCUUCGUAUUCUUGAUGACUCCAUCGCCACUUCCCGCGUCCAAAGACGCUCGUUACUCCGCUCUGCUCGCUACGACGACGAUGAUCCUAUCUCCCCUUCCACCACCAUUUAUCCUCGUCUAGACUUCUCUUUAGUCCCUCUCACAGUUGCCCCCAAUCUCGUGUCUUAUCCAUGCUGCUUCCAGCCUCUCCAAGGUGCAUAUUCUCCAUUGCAAAUGUGUAGAACCGGGUUCGAUACAAGUCAAAGUCACUUGACCAGUUCGUUCUCUCCAUCAGUACUGUGCACUUCCUUGGGAACAAGAAGUGCCUAUCUCUCGGUGAAGCUGAAAGAUCCACAACCCGUUGACUUGGUGUUGGUUGCGAGUCCAAGCGGGCCACAUUCUCGCCUUCUCAAGCAAGCAAUGAUAUUAGUAACCUCCUCCCUUCGACCGGUUGAUCGUCUAGCCAUAGUGACAUACUCGUGUGUUGCAUCACGCGUGUUUGCUCUGAGACGCAUGACUUCAUGUGGAAAGCGGGCAGCUCUUAGAGUCAUUGACCGUCUCUUCUAUACAGGACAAACUGAUCCUUCUCAAGGCAUCCUUAAGGGCAUUAAAGUACUCCAAGACCGUGCAUACAAGAAUCCACAGUGCAGCAUUCUGCAUAUCUCAAGUAGCUCAUAUUAUCCCAACAGCGUGAUGCAUAGAGGUGUCAUGGUCCAUAGGUUUCACGUGGGGUUUGGUGCUGAGACUUGGAAUGGUUUUGUGUUGCAUAAGUUGGAAGAGUUUCUUGAAAACGUGUUGGGAGGAGUAGCGAGUGAUAUUCAACUGAGGAUUGGUAUGGAAGGGAAGAUUGUUAAAGUAGGCGAGUUGAGAGGUGGUGAAGAGAGGCAAGUGUUGCUAGAUCUUGGUGGACACGUCAGUGUUCGUCUCUGCUAUAGCUAUGUGGAAGGAGACAGUAAUGAGUGUAUCAGGAGAGGAGGGAGACUACAUUGGGCUUAGUUGACGAUAAGGAAGGGAUAGAAACUGGUGAUUGUGUAUCUGCAGGUGAGAGGGAUGAUGACUAUAUGAACAGCAAUAGUGUGAGAAGAAGCAUGAAUACAGGAACUUGGGACUAUCAUGAUCCUUUUAUGGCUAGAAGAUGGGCAAAGCGGUUGCAUGAAACUGUAAAUCUCUGAUUAUUUUAAUCUUGUUAAUUAGUGAGCAUCUUACUUGUAAACUUUCUCAGUAUUGCUUAUGUAAACAUACCACGAAUUCAUGAUUAAUUCAAGACCAGAGACUUCAUACAGUUGUGAUCC